CAACACAAUACUUUAUUUUUAUACACUCCAAAAAAGCUGGUCCUGAUCUGGUACAAUCAUCAAUAAUCUUAAAUUGCUAGUGCAUGGAGUAUGCACCCUAUCUUAUUAUAUACAAGUAUCUUUUUUUUUUUUAUUUAUUUUUUAUUUUUUUAUUUUAUUUUCUGAUUAUAUAUUGUUCUAUAAAUGCUUAUAUAGCAUCUUCUUAUUGUUCAUUGCUUUUCCACAUUUCUUCAUAGUUUCUUACACCACUGCUUUCUUAGUUAACCCCAAUCAUCAUAUCUAAUUAUCUUCAAUUCCUUGAUUACAAAUAUGGAGCUUAGACAAGAUCCCUCUUCUUCCACCAGAUGGUGGGGAAAAGAGACAAGAGCUAUAGUAACAGGAGGAAACAGAGGAAUUGGAUUAGCAAUUGUUAAGAGAUUAGCAGAAUUAGGAGUGACAGUAAUAUUAACAGCAAGAGAUGCAAAAAAAGGCAAAGAAGCUUUGGAAUUGCUAAGGAAUGAAGGACUUGGUGAUUUUAUUCAUUUCUCUGUUCUUGAUGUCUCUGAUCCUCAUUCUAUUUCUGCUUUUGCUACUUGGUUCAACCAUAACUUUGGCGUUUUUGACAUUCUUGUGAAUAAUGCUGCGGUGUCAUUUAAUGGGCUAUAUGAAAACUCAGUAAAACAUGCGGAAAUAGUGAUCAAGACAAACUUUUAUGGUCCAAAGUUGUUGAUAGAGGCUUUAUUGCCAUUCUUCCGAUGCUCAUCAACCCAUAAAAGCCGCAUUCUCAACUUCAGUUCAAGGCUUGGCCUAAUUCAUACUGUUAAAAACAAGAACAUAAGAGCAAUACUCGAAGAUGAGGAAAAUCUAAGCGAGGAGAAAAUUGAUGGAGUAAUAAAAUUGUUUUUAGAGCAAGUAAAAGAAGGGAAAUGGGAAAACGAAGGAUGGCCAAAAGAAUGGACAGAUUAUGCUGUGUCGAAACUAGCAUUAAACGCGUACUCAAGGAUAUUAGCAAGAAGAUUAAGAGAUUCAAAUAUAAGUGUAAAUUGUUUUUGCCCUGGUUUUACUCAAACUGGUAUGACUGGUGGUAAAGGAAGUCGUACUGCUGAUAUUGCUGCUAAUAUUGGAGCUCAACUUGCUCUUCUUCCUCCUCAAUCUCUUCAAACUGGCAAAUUUAGUAUGGGCCAAAGUUUCUUCUUACAUUCAAGGUUUUGAAACGAUUUUGUUGUAACAAUGUCCAAUUGUUAAAUGUUACGAUUGUUAAUUAGCACGUGUGCGCAACCUUAUUCCGUGUUAUUUUUAUAUCGAGCUAAAUGUAUAUUUUUUUUUUAUAAUGUGUUAUGUGUAAUGUUGUAUAUUCUUUUAAUUUAUGUUCUUUUUGUUUUGAUUGACUAUUAUUUAGGAAGAGCAUUACGCACUUGCAGCUUGCUCUUAGUUAAAACCAUAUUUAAUUUGAAUUGACAAUAAUCACAAUCGCAACAACUUAAAUUUUGUACCACCUAUAUAUUU